GGCGUAUAAUCACAGACAGAGGUUAGAGGUGGCAGAAGGUCCCACGGCUAUAAGGGACGGAUGUUGAAAGUCAGAACAUUACAACAACGACUGACCUACUACAAGCGGACGCUGUCACAAGUUGGACCAUAACGACAAUGAUGACGAUGCUGCUGACAGUGACGUCGCUGCUGUUGUUGAUGACCCCCGCACUGACGAAGCCACAAGAAGUGGACAGAGCCAAGAAGACUAGUGAUCCUAACCAGUGGGGACGCAGAGUUCAAAACCAGGCAAAUGGAUGCGCCGUGGGAGGACAAGCGUUAAAUCACGGCGCCAUCUUCAUCAUGAACAACAACCCGUGCAUCAAGUACCAGUGCCAACAUGGUGCAGCACAACCAGUUGAAAUAAAAUGUUUGGACCAACACAACCGGUGCCACGUGAUCGGAAGCACGAUGCGAGGAGGAUUCAAUGGCUGUCUCAUGAUGCAGUGUCAGGCAAACGGGGUGUUUCAGCACGUGCAAAGUGAUCCAUACAAAUGUAAGGACAUCAACAACGUUUGCCGACGCCCCCUCGUUGACCGCUUUCCCUACAACGUGAACGGCUACCACGUCAACGGCUGCACAUGCAAAAUAGAGGGAGGCGGGGUUAAGUAUUACUGCCCUCAGGUUGGGAAGAAGUAGCCAGAUGUCGGAUGACAAGUCAGAAACGCCAUCAGAUGAUAUUGAAGGUUUACGAAUUGGAUUUUCACUACUUCUAAACCCCGUGCAAGGAACAACCAUCGGUACACAUGCAUCAUACCGGACACAUAUCCGCCAUGUUUGUUUGAUGCUACUCAUAAAGCCGCACACGUUGUAUUUUGUUCCUACUUUGGUAAUUAAACAUUUCAUUUACUUACGAAAGUAUUUAAUUACAGCCGUUGACUGGGGUAUUUUGUAUUUUAGCGAGGCGUCAAAAAUGGCGUCUGAAAAACCGUUGCUAAGGAAUGACACGUGCACAUGGUCUUAUGGUGCUUUGUCGGUCAUGUUAUAAAUGUUUCCAUGUC